ACUUUUACCUCAUAAAAAAACAGUCUUUUUUUUUUACUGAAGAAAGAAUUCUGUGACAGUAUCUGUCUGCCAUAGAGGAACUUCUCUCUCCUAAGUUUUAUACAAACAUCAACAAAUGUAAAUAAAUAUAAUUCAAUUACUCACCAAAAAUGUUUACCACAUUGUUUUUGGGGUAAAACUGAAUCUUAUUUCCAUAAAGUCCAAAAAGUGACAUUCCUAUCAAGUCAAGCAAAAUCAUCCCAGUUUAUACCGGAAGUUCUAAACUUUACCUUCACAAUAAAUCAACUUCAAAGCUAGCACAGCUUCAGAUAUUCUGUAAUUUAAGAUGCGGGUAAAGCAAUUUUAAAAAUAAGGCUUGGGAUUAAUAUAAUAACUUGGAUGUGAGGAAUUAAAGUGCAUAUCGCUGAAAAUACGUAUGAUUUGUAAGCAUAUUUCUCUGUAGAAGCCGCAUUCAAGCUUUUUUAUGCUUUUACUGUGAAAAUUCGGGCCAGGUGUUUAUGCUGUCAGCAUCCAUCCCACCGCGGGACUUUACAGCCUACGUGCAAGAAGACAUGAGCAGUUGCUGGUAAAAAAGAGGGGGAAAGAGGAAGUCUCCAAGUCCAGUCCAAACCAGGACAGACUCCCGUCGGAGGAGGCGAUGAUGCUCCUGAGAAGCGUUUGCCUGGCGCUCCUCAUCCCCGGCCUGGCGCAGGCUCAGUAUGAGAAGUACAGCUUCAGGAGUUUCCCUCAGAAGGACAUCAUGCCGCUGGAGUCCGCGUACAACUACGCUCUGGAGCAGUACGCGGCGCAGAACUGGGCGGAGAGCGUCAAGUACCUGGAGCUCAGCUUGCGGCUCCACCGGCUGCUGCGGGACAGCGAGGCGUUCUGUGGCCGCAACUGCAGCUCCGUCAGCCGCGACAACGUCACCCUCUACCGGGACGUCACUCUCCGCGUCGCGCAGCACGUCCUGCUCAGAGCCGCGUGCCUCAAACGCUGCAAAGAAGAGUUCCCCGUCUUUAAAUUGAAGUACCCGCGGAGGGAUUUACUGCAAGCCUUUGAAGAAAGAAUACCUUAUCGGUAUAUUCAGUUUGCGUAUUACCAGCUUAACAACGUGGAAAAAGCCAUCGCUGCAGCUCACACCUUCCUGAAGAAGAACCCGAAAGAUCCGUCUCUGACCAAAAACAUGAACUACUACAAGACUUUGUUUGACGUAGAGGAAUAUUUCAUCGACUCCGAGGAGCAGCCGUAUGAGAGCGUUUUCCUCAAGAGUGUGAUGCUCUACAACAACGGAGACUACAGCAGCAGCGCCAGAAACAUGGAGCAGGCCGUCACGCUGUAUUUUGAUAGUUACAGCAUGUGCUUGGCGAGCUGUGAGAGCUCAUACGAGAUCACCGAGGUGAAGGACUUCUACCCCACACUAGCAGAUCUUUUCUUGGAUGUGCUGAAAUGUAAGGUGAAAUGUGAGGAGAACCUGAUGCCCAACGUUGGAGGCUUCUUUGUGGAGAAAUUUGUCGCCACAAUGUACCACUACCUCCAGUUUUCCUAUUAUAAAUUAAACGAUGUCAAAAAUGCAGCUCCUUGCGCCGCCAGUUACAUGCUGUUUGACCCCAGCGACCAGGUGAUGCAGCAAAACGUGGCGUAUUACCAUUUCUACCACGAGCAGUGGGGCCUCAAAGACCAGGACUUCCAACCUCGGCCUGAGGCUCAGGAGUAUUUUAACCAGACUGUCAAACAGAGAGAGAUGCUGGAUUUUGCACUGAACUACCUACAAACAGACGAUGAGGACGUGGUUAGUCCAGAAGACAUGGUGUCCACCAGGUCAGAACAUUCUGAUGUUGAAUUUGAGGGGAUUGGAGAUUAUGAGGAGUCUUUCCUGGCUGACUGGUGGCAGGAACCCAACAGUAAGUUCGACACAGGGGAGGUUUUGGACUGACAUCUGCCCCCUCCCAGAGCAGAGAGCGUCCUCCUCACAGCCUACAUACCAAAGACGUUCUGCAAACAGACUUCUACCGAGUUAAAGCCACAAAUGACCCCCGCUGUCAUUAGCUGAAGACUAACUCAAACCAGCAUGUUGAUCAAAAUGUACGAUUGACGUAUUUCCUCUUGGCUGACAUCAGCCCAUUUUUUUUAAAUGAUGUUUUUGAAUUAUCUGCCACACAUUAAAUACUUUUUUUUACAGUUUGUACUUGCAGGUUUUAUUUAAUGAAAGCAAAGUGCCUUUUUUCUGUGAUUUAAGAAGUUCAACGUGUAGCUUUUUUUAUGCUAAAUAAAUUUCCAACCUGUG